AUGAAUCCAGUCAACAUCGAACCAUACAAGCUUCCAGCCGACGCCACUUGGCUGGUCACCGGCUGCUCAUCAGGAAUCGGACGUGAAAUAGCCACCAUGAUAGCAAACAAGCCCAACCAACGCAUUAUAGCCACAGCACGAAACCCAAACGACCUCUCCUACCUGCCGGACGGAAACCUAAACAUCCUCAAGCUCGCACUAGACGUGACAUCCGUCGAAUCCGUAGACACCGCAUUCGCCAACGCAGCCCGCCAUUUCGGUGAGAACUUCUACCUCGACGUUGUCGUCAAUAAUGCCGGAUACUCGCUUUCAGGUGAUACGGAAGGCGCAACGGAAGAGGAGAUCCAUCGAGCUAUGGAAACUGUGUUUUUUGGAACGGUGCGUGUCACGACGCGUAGUGUUGCGGUUAUGAGGGAGGGUGGUGGUCGGGGGGGAUUGAUUUUCCAGAUCUCGUCGCUUGCUGGGCUUUGUGCUUUUCCUGGUCAUGCAUUUUAUCAUGCUGGGAAGUUUGCUGUUGAGGGCUUCUCCGAGUCGGUGGCUAGGGAGAUGCAUCCGGAUUGGAAUGUCAAUUUCUGCAUUGUCGAGCCGAGUGGUGUGAAGACUAAUUUUGAGGGCCAUAGUAAGGCGAAUAUCGUGCCGCAUCCUGCUUAUAAGGAUGAGAGUAUGCCGGCUAGGAAGUUGGAGAAGUAUGUGGAUGCUGGGAGGAAGUUGGGUGUGGGUAUGGAGCCGGCUGCUUUGGCGGAGGUGUUGUUCAUGAUCGCUAGUCGAGGGGAGCGUGUUCCGCUUCGACUUCCGCUAGGUGCUGUUUCUUGGAAGCUGUCUAAGUCGAAGUUUGAGACUCUUCUUGAAGACUUUGAGGCAGUGAAGAGUAUCAGUACGAUGGGUCAGGAGAUCUGA